AUGGCUUGUAUGUUGAUUGAUCUUGUAUCAUUAUCCUGGUGUGCUGGUAGAGUAAUUUCUAUAUUCCUGCAGUUUAUUGUUUCACCAAUAUUUGCUAAGCACCAGCAAAGGAGAAACCAGGGGAAAUUAGAAAAUAUUCUUUUUUCUGCCACGUUUUCUUUAUCUGUUGAAGUAUUCAGAUACUUUGUGCCUUAUACUGCUGCCAUGUCACCUGUUCUUACUUUUUACCUAUCAUCUAAUGCAGCUAAUGCAGGAUCAAACAAGGCUGCCUCUAGUAGUACAUCUCUGAACACCAGGAAACUUGAUGAAGAUACUGAGAAUUUAUCUCAUGAAAAGGUACCAACUGAACUGAAGAAAGCUAUCAUGCAAGCACGACAAGACAAGAAGCUAACUCAGGCUCAACUUGCUCAAUUGAUAAAUGAGAAGCCACAAAUCAUCCAAGAAUACGAGUCCGGAAAGGCAAUUCCAAACCAACAGAUUAUCUCUAAACUGGAGAGAGCUCUUGGUGCAAAGCUUCGUGGAAAGAAAUAAAAUCUUGUGGCACAAGUGAGACUUAUGGGUUCUCAUUGUGUGUUUGAAUCCAAAACAUGGACAUGAACAUGAAGUUCUCCUUAAAACAGUGUGGUCCUUAUCGUUUAUGCCUGGAUUCAUGAAUAUGGUUUUCUUCGUUGAAUUAGCUUUUGCUUCUGUGGAAAUUUUGAAGUUUCUCUUGUACGGAUUCCCCUCCUGCUUAUAUUCGUACUGCUUUUCAUAACAUUGCUCUAUCAUUUUCCCAUCAGCAAGUGUAAUUUCUAAACCAAGGAACUUAGUUAUAGGUGUUAUGUGAACUUAAUGCAGUAUAUCUGUGUAACAAUGAGUUAACGUGCGAGGAAUAAUUCGUUAUCUCCUCUUAGU